AUGCCAUCCUCUAUAACUGCCCUGAAUCUUCUAGGGCGUCUGAAAUUCCUGCAUGGACAGAACAGACGAUUGGAUGACGGAGGCCAAAUGCCACCCCAGCUCGCCCUUUUUGCCAUAGCAACGCCCCUACAGCCUCCUUCCAUAAUGGAGAUCCGAACCAAGAACAUGAUUUUCAGAACCAAACACAAGUUGGACUUCACACCAAUGGCCUGUGAUGCUAAGGGUAAAAUCGUCCUUGGCUACACAGAGGCAGAGCUGCGAGUUCGAGGUUCAGGGUAUCAGUUCAUCCAUGCAGCCGACAUGCUCUACUGCGCCGAGAACCAUGUCAGGAUGAUCAAGACUGGAGAAAGUGGCCUGACUGUGUUUAGACUGCUUACAAAGGACAACCGUUGGAAAUGGGUACAAGCUAAUGCUAGACUUGUCUACAAAAAUGGCAAGCCCGACUACAUCAUUGCCACCCAGAGGCCGCUUGUAGAAGAAGAGGGCGGAGAGCAUUUGAGGAAGCGAUCUAUGCAUCCUUUCACCUUUGCAACUGGAGAAGCAAUGCUGUACCAAAUCAGCUACCCCAUGCCAGGCUUCCCCGACACCCUUCAGGGCAAGGGCAAGAACAACAAAACCAAAAAGACCAAGGUGGACAAAAGCUCAAAGGAUGACGUGGACCCAAGUUCUCUGCUGGGAGCCAUGAUGAGACAGGACGAGUCUGUUUAUGUUUGCCAGCCUGCUAUGGAGCCAAGAAUGUCAUUCCACAGUAGCCUCUUCAAUGAGCAAGGAGAGACUAGCACUUUCUCUUCUUCCGAGAAUGAAAGUUGGAAUCCGGUGCAGAAUGGUGUAACCGUAGUCUCCAAACUGGAGCCAUCAAGUUUUGACCCACUACUGGCAACAUUAGACUCUCUGUCCCUGGAAACUGAGGAGAGCUGCUCUAACAGUGAGCUAUUCAGUGCCCUGGAAAAUCUUGGACUCAACGCAGAGGACCUGGAGUUGCUGCUUCUGGAUGAGAGGAUGAUCCAAGUAGAGAUGGAACCGGAUUACAUUCCAUCUCUGAAUGAUCUUCUCACCAAUAAUGAAAUCCUCUCCUACGUCCACGACUCUCUGGAGAACCGGAUAGAGGACUCGGCAGAUGCCGCAGCAUCAGAUUCUGUUGAACCCCCGAAGCCAUGUUCUGCUCCCGACUCACUACCCUCACUACCUGCUCCUCACAUCCCUUUCUGGCCUCAAAAACAGAUAGCACCCAUAAUUCAUCUCUCACAGCGUAUGCAGCAACAUCUCAAUGGCCAGUCGGUUUGCCACAAGUCCGAGAGUUGGAACCAGGCGUCUACAACAGACUCUGAGACUCCUGCUUUUAACCAGCAUGAUACACUGUUGGUGAACUCAGUACCAGUUGAACACAAUGGUCAUUGGGUCUCUGAACACUCACAAGCCAACUUGAACUCUAAACUUGGUGACAAGAUAACUAGUAAAGCACAGCCACCGCAAUGGCAGCACAACCAGUUGCUUGUCCCAUUCCAGUAUAAACAGAAAACAGUUGAAGAUAGUGACACCCCUCCGAAUGGGGUCUACGACGAUCCCCAGUGGCAUGGAUACAACUUCACAGAGCAAUUGGUCUCAAAUCGACCUUGUUUUCCCAAUGGCCAAAAGGCACACACUCAGACAUUGGGUACCCAUGUUGACUGCAAUAUGACUGACAAUUCAGAGGUGGAUUUUACAAUGAACAGCAGUUCAGCUGUGGAUGCAGGGCAGUUUCAGGCAGCCAUGGCUUGGUCUUCGUCCCAUCAACAGGGUUAUCAGAAACAGCAGCAGCAGCCAAAGUUUGCACCCAAUUAUUACGCCUCCUAUACCAAACAGAACUCCUCUCUGGAGCAUAUCCUGGGAUUAGUCACACCUUCAAACCUUCCCUCAUUGACAGAUUAUGGCUCUGAACUGACCCAUGACACCACCCACAGUAAGAUGGAGACAGGCUUUAUACUCAACUCCACUAGUGUGGCCUACUCAGGAAGUUGUUUGGUUCCCAACGGCAAUGCAGUGGCCACACCCGGCAACAGUCCCCACCCCCUUCCUGAGCCCCUCCUACCUCCCCCAGACCCUCAGACUACUGGUUUAUACCUCUGAACACACUUGAUAAAGAUCCGUCCGUAGAGAUGCCAUCAAUCACGAGAAGACUAUCAAACAAAACAUUUUUUAAAGAAAAAACUUGAAUUGCUUACCAACUUGAAUUACAUUAAUUUAAAUUCAAAUGAGCCAGAUUGACCUCUGGAAUAUCAAAAUAAUCCACCCAACAUAAUGUGAUGGUAUUCUCAUUGAUUUUUCUUUUUCUUUUUUUUCUCUAAGUGUCAUUAUCUACUGCUGCUUUGUGAGAUGUAGGGAAAUGUUCCAGUUGGCAGAUGCAGUUGAGAAAAUCAGGUGCGUGGUAUGUACGUGUGAGUGUGUCGACGCCAAUCGCCAAUCACUGGGCCACGUUCAAUGAACACGAGCUGCACAAAUGUUGUUCGUAAAAAUCAUGCUUGCGUGACUGUAAAUCACGUCGAGAGCACAUGCAACGUAUAGCUCUUGCAAAACUGAUUGUCCUGAAUCGCAGUAAAUGACUUUGAUGUUUAUAUGAAUAGAAGAUUGGGAUGCAUAUUUAUUUAUGGAAAAAAGCAAGGGUGUAACCGACUGUUUAACGUCAAUUAUAAAGCAGUUAGCAGUACGAAAAAGAGUGAGACUUCUCUCGCUGUAGAUGUCACAUGUAGAUCUGAACCCUUCUCACUGUUACAUUUUGUGAGAUUAGAUUAUGGAAAGAUGAUUCUAGAUCAACUUUACAAAUCAACUUACCUUUUAGAUACAGGUGUUCAUGUGUAUAGUGAUUCCAGAACUAACCCAGUCUCGCGACGAAGGCGCAAUAAUUUGAAUUAGAAUCGGGCAAUGUCAUCAAAUUUUAACGUACAAUUGACUUGUACAUGUUCUAUUGACUUUAAAUUGUUUUUAAUUGGUUGAUUUUGUACAAGCCAACUUGCAUGUAAUAUAUUACAAACUCGCUUUGAUUUGUCUCAUUGUAAAGAAAAUCGUACAUGCCUACUAUUAAGAUUUUAAUACAAAUUAUUAUGCUUUUGUCAUUAGACUAUGUUGUUCGUAACUUACCAAUAAUGCAUUUCUAAAAAAAAAAAAAAAAAAAAACAGUUCAAGAGCAGGGUAUUUGUCUAUGAAAAGAGAUUCUGGAAGCUUACAUUGUUGAA